UGAAUUAUAAGCAAUUCUAUUAUCUUGCUUACUGCUUACCCCAAAGCAGAAAAAUAUAUACAUGCUUUAUUCUGUCUUUGGUGUGAAAUCCAAAAAGCUAAUUUUCCUUGGUAGUUACUAGUUGGUAGUCAGAUAGAGAAAACUUAAUGGUUUUACCUAGAAUUUUUUUUUUGUGUGUGAAUAUUUAUCAUAAAUUGGCUAGUUUUACGCUGACUGUCAGCCUGCCACAACCCUUUGGCUUCCUUUAUCCGGGCUUGAGACCAGCAAUGUAAGCAAUUUGAAGAGUGCCACUGAAUUGAAGGUUGAGGCAAGAUGGUAGAGGACAAAAUAGAUGGCAAUGAGGUAGAUCAAUGGACAGAAAUUUCUGGGAUAUUACAACAGAAGAGUAUGAAAUGUUCUAUUAAAAGCAAGAGUUCAUUGCGAGCUCGUUAUUCCUAUGGAAUUAUAUUCUUGAUAACAAAUCUUAUAGCUUGGUUCGUACGUGAUUAUGGAGAAAGGGCUCUUCCUCUGCUUCGUUAUUCAAAAGCAUGUGGAAUUAAGGGAAGUGAAUGUUCUCAUACGAUGGGGGUUCUUCGUGUGAGUUUAGGUUGCUUUAUUUUCUUUUUAGUAAUGUUUCUUACAACAUGUUUCACAAGCAAAUUGUGUGAAGUUCGCAAUACAUGGCAUUCUGGAUGGUGGAUUUUGAAGUUUAUUACGCUGAUAAUUUUUAUGGUGAUUCCAUUUUUUGUCCCCUCAGAUUACAUCCAGUUAUAUGGUGAAUUCGCUCGAGUUGGUGCAGGGGUUUUUCUCGCCCUCCAGCUGAUAAGCGUGAUCGAGUUCAUUACAUGGUGGAAUAACUAUUGGAUGCCUGACGAGAGAAAGAAACAAAGCUGCUCUUUUGGCUUAUUCAUGUCGACAAUAUGUUACAUCGCGUCCAUUUGUGGAAUUCUGGUGAUGUAUGUGCUUUAUGCGUCCAAAACAUCAUGCAGUCUGAACAUAUUCUUCAUCUCCUGGACUGCAAUUUUGCUGGUAGUAAUGAUGGCUGUAUCCUUACACUCUAAGGUAAAUAGAGGACUCUUAUCUUCAGGGAUUAUGGCUUCUUAUGUUGUCUUUCUCUGUUGGAGUGCUAUUCGAAGUGAGCCUGCCACUCUAAAAUGCAGCCCUCAGCAACAAAACAGUGGGAAUGGUGGUUGGACUACUGUAAUUGGUUUCUUGAUUGGUAUAUGCGCCAUCGUCAUGGCAACAUUCUCAACUGGCAUUGAUUCACAAACAUUUCAGUUUCGCAAGGAUAAAGUUCAAUCGGAAGAUGACAUUCCAUAUAAGUAUGGAUUCUUCCAUCUAGUGUUUUCCUUAGGAGCAAUGUAUUUUGCUAUGUUAUUCAUCAGUUGGAAUCUAGAUGGCUUGCCUAGAAAAUGGAGUAUUGAUGUUGGCUGGGCUAGUACAUGGGUGAAAAUAGUCAAUGAGUGGUUUGCUGCUACAAUCUAUUUGUGGAAAUUGAUAUUGCCAGCAGUAAGACAGACCAAAGUGAUGGAUAAUAAAGAGCCAGAAGAGGAAAUGGACAACUCAACUUCAGUGUGAAUUUUGCUGAUGGAUAAGUGUGUUGUAGCCAAAAGGUGGAAAAUGGUUAAAAUGGGUAAAAUGAGCAACCGAUGAAUGACAAAAUUUACAUGAAUUCAAUGGUUGAUAAGUGGGUGAUAAAUGGUUAUUUUGUUUUACAAAUAAAUUUACAGAGCCAAUUAUCACCCUUCAUUUACCCAUUUUACCACUUGUUCUGUAUCAUGUGUCUGUCUUCUCUCUAUUCUUUUCUUCAUUGUUCUAAGGUGGUCCUGUCUAAAAUUUAAGCUAGCUGUGGCUUUAAUUUUAGGUCUUGUAGAUUCUUAUUAUCAUGGGGAAGUUGAAGAAUAAAAUCCCCCUAUUCUUUUUUGUGGUUUCAAUCUUGCUGCAAGUGGUUGAUUUAGAAAGCUUGAAGUUGGGUUGGGCCGGUCGGCUAUAUAAAUUUUUAUUGUUCAUGUUGCUUCA